CGCGGCCUGCAGUGCCGGGGUGCGUCAACAAUGACCCUUUGUCGGGGCCGCUGAACACCAGAAACUGAGGGAAUCCCCCGAGCUUUCGCUGUAAUAGUGUUGGGAAACGCUAAUGACGUUUCCAGGACAUGAUAUGACAAAAAGAAUUCUGCACUUCAGGACAGAUGCCAAUGACUGACCUAAACUCCCUUGCCUAUAUACUGGAAGAAUGGACUGUUGUGGAGUACCUGAAGAAAUACCUUAUUUAUGUGGUCAUCGCCUCACUAACAAUGAGUGCAAUAUUAUUUUUUUUUAUAGUUCCUUUAACAAUCAUCUUUUUCAUUUACCUUACGAAUAUUUUGCUUUUAAUGCAUCAGAGGAGCAGUGGGACAGAAGCAGAUCCCUUGAGUGAUGUUUGGGAUAGUGCAAGGAAAACUAUAGCAAGUUUUUGGGAUGUAUAUGCAAGAAUAUGGCAUGGUUAUGAGCUUCAUGGUGUGGAAAACCUACCAGAAGGACCAGGCAUUCUGGUGUAUUACCAUGGAGCUAUUCCUAUAGACUAUCUUUACUUCUUGUCCAGGCUGUUUCUCUGGAAGAAAAGACUUUGUCUGUCAGUAGCUGAUCAUUUUGUCUUUCGCUUACCAGGUCUUAAAUUGUUACUGGGAGUGACAGGUGUUAUGCCAGGUACAAGAGAGGAAUGCCUCAUUGCCCUGAAGAAUGGAUACUUGGUGUCCAUCUCACCAGGUGGAGUUAGAGAAGCACUAUUCAGUGAUGAAAGUUAUCAACUUGUGUGGGGAAAUCGAAAAGGCUUUGCUCAGGUUGCUCUAGAUGCAAAAGUGGAGAUGAUAGGUGGAAAUGAAUCCUGUGCUGCAGGGCCGAUGCCUAUGUCCUACUUAACCUGCCUGACUUACAUUCUGCGAGAAUGGACUGGCGUGGAGCAUAUUGAAGAUUAUCUGAGUUAUGCAGUCUACCUUUCAUGGGUGCUUUUUCCACUUGUAGCAGUUUUUCUACUACCAGGAGUUCUUGUCAUCCUCUUCUACACUUCCAUUCUCCUUCUUCAUAUUUAUAAAAGGAAGAAUGAACUAAAGGAAGCCUAUUCCAAUGAUUUCUGGGAUGGUGCAAAACAAAUGUUGGCUACCUUAUGGGAUGGACAUGGAAGAAUAUGGCAUGGUUAUGAACUUCACGGUGCUGAAAAUAUUCCUGAAGGUCCAGGACUUAUUGUGUUUUAUCAUGGAGCUACUCCUGCUGAUUGUGUCUAUUUCAUGGCUAGACUUCUUAUACAAAAGAAGAGAUACUGCCACGUAGUAGCUGAUCAUUUCGUCUUUAGAUUACCAGGUUUUAAAAUAUUACUUGAUGUACAUGGAGUUAUGCAUGGACCAAAAGAAGAAUGUGUCAAUGCUCUGAAGAAGGGCUCUCUGAUAGCCAUUGCCCCAGGUGGAGUUCGGGAAGCACUCUUCAGUGAUGAAAUGUAUACUAUUAUUUGGGGUCAUCGGAAGGGCUUUGCUCAGGUGGCCAUCGAUGCAAAAGUGCCCAUCAUUCCUAUGUUUACACAAAAUGUUCGAGAAGGCGUUAGGACAUUAGGAGGAAUAAAAAUAUUUAGGUCACUGUAUGAACGUAUUAGAUUGCCAAUAGUUCCUGUGUACGGUGGGUUUCCAGUCAAGCUUCGCACAUUUAUUGGAGAACCCAUUCCAUACGAACCAAAUGUAACAGCAGAGGAGCUAACUGCAAAGACAAAAGCAGCACUCCAAGCUCUGAUAGAAAAGCAUCAGAAAUUACCAGGAAAUAUAUUUAGGGCUUUGAUGGAACGAUUUCAAACACAAAAGAAAGAAGAUUAAGGUCUUCUGAAUGAACUGCUAUUUAGUUAAAAUAUUCUUAAGGUCAUAUUUGUAACUUAUUAAUUCUAAUAAUAGGUUUUAAAUACUGUCCUAAUGAUACUGCUGUAUAUUUUAAGAUACAAAACACUUUCCUUUGCCCUUCCUGCUGCCUAGAAUCAAGCUCAGGAACCCAGACUUCAAAUAAUUCGUAAUGGGGCAAAGUUCAGAAGUUUAGUUUUUGACAAAUACAUUCCUACCUUGAAAGUGUCGGUUUUUGUGUUUUGGUUUCGGUUUGUUUUUUGUUUUUUUGACACUGCAGGUCUUUAUGUACAUGGUCUCUUGUCUAUUUUGUUGUACUGUCCCCCCAACCCCACCACCUAUGGUUACUCUUUAACCUGAAUGUUAGUUCUGCUGUAGAGCUAGGUCCUUACUGUCUUGAUCGUCAUCACUGUAACUAGGUUUUGCAGGCCAGAUUAAUGCCGUACAGCGUUUAUGAAACCUUUCUUCAGGUUGUUACUCUUGUGCUGCUGGGAAACGGUCAAUCUUCUGUGGCCUGUAGAACUUCUAGCUAUGCCUGCAAAACCUAUAGAGGAAAACAUUUAGUUUUACUGGGUGACUUCAGAAGGAGUUUGGAGGAGUGAAAAUUGAUUAGAGAACUGCAGUGAACCAAGGAAGCUUGUUAUGACUCUGUAUCAUUCCAGUGCUGUGAAUGAGAACCCUCAGCACAGCUGCUAUUCCAAACCAAGCCAUAUUAGAUAUCUGCCUUUGCGUAGAGAGUUGUCCCGUAUACUUCUCAGUGAAUCUGCAAAUUCCUCUUUGAAAGAAUGAGCCAAGCAUUUAAGCUUUAAGAAGUGGAAAUAAGAGUACUGUUUAGUAACAUGAGCUCAUAAAUUUCUGUUUUGAAGGAAAGAAAAGAUUAGUACAAUGUUCCCUUUAAAAGUACUAGUUCUUUUGCAAAACAGGAUAGACAUUUCCAAAUAGCCUUUAAAUCUAGUAUAGGUGUAAACUGUUAAACAUCCAUAUUCUUCAAACACUGUUAUUUAUGUAAGUUAUUAAAUCAGGGUUGAGAGGGAAGUCCUAUGUAUUUCCCUUAACCGAAGAGAAUUGAAUGAACAGGAAAGAGUGUGCACUUACAGUAAAUUAUAUUCUUAUAUUUUGUCUGAACUAAAGCCUGUGCUUUUAUUGUCCAAAUAGGAAAUAUUUCCUCUGAUUGCCAGAAAGUUUAAUCUACAGUUCCUAAAGUAACAUCUGGGAACUCUUUAGUUUUGGGAUAAGGAAAAAUUGUUGAGGAAGGCCAAAGAGGUUUUGUUUUAUUACAUGGUCUCCUUUCAAUAUUGUUGGUGUUUGAAAUUUUCUUAAAAGUAAAGCAAAAAAAACCAAACCCAAACAAUAAAAAAACAACUUUUGAAAGAGCCGUUGUAUUCAGUUUAGUACCAUUCCUCCCACCAUUUAAUCAUGUGCUUUGCUUUAUACUCUUUUAAAUGCGUAAAUUAGUGAGAGUACUUGUAAAUGAUGCCCUAUGUUGGAAAAAUAUCACUUUAUGGGAAAGAGGCUAUAAGUUAUGGUUAGCAAAAAGCUUACUUAUUUUAUGAUGUUAUUUUGUAUCAAAAGCAUUUUACGUGGUGUUGAAUUAAAUUGCUCAAAGCUUCUGGGGAAGAAUCAUGUUAUACGAAUGCAAAUGCCUAUUCUGAAUUGUAUUAACUACUUGGGUUUUAUUCGAAAGCAAUAUUGUGUUCUUUUUAAUUUAUUGGAAUGUUUUUAAAAAUAAUGAUGUUAACACAGUAUGUCAUUUAAAGUGAUACUGCCAAAUUCCUAUACUGGAGUAUAACUUGAGUAUGACUGUUCUUACUGUUCAUCUCAAGGAAAAUGUACAUCAGUCUAUAUUGUGACAUUCUCAAAGGCAGCUGAGCAUAUUUUGUGUAGAGUGUGCAUAUGUGUGAAAGAAAACUCAGUCUAGAAGAUUCUGUCAGAUAUGGAUAUUUGUGAUCUGAGAUUUUGUAAAAUUUAUUUUACUAAAUAUGUGGGCUUUUUGAUGUAGUUUUGUCCCUCUUAAGUGUUGAAAAAUGAGUAUAAAUAAUAAAGGGCAGUAUUGAUACUCUAAAUGUUCAUAUUUGUAUAGGGCUUUCAUAUUUAUUUCUAUAUAUUAAAAAUGUAUAGAAGACACCUUUCGAAUAAAAUUGAUAGCUACAAUGGG